AUGUUAAGGGUCCGAGCUUUGCCGCAAGGAUCAUGCUCAGUCUUUAGCUUCAACCGUUUGCCGGGGUUGUGGGGUCGAGCCAUGGGCUGUGGCUCUUCAGUGAAUUCGGUGAGCCUCGAUCCAGACCCAGUUAUCCCUGUGCAGAAAUCACCGCCAGCUGCGUCCAUCCAGAAUGUGGAUGUCAUUGAUGCAGGUUGCGACAACAUUGAUGAACCCGAACCGGAGGAGAUUAGCAAAGAACCGCUUGGUGAGUGCCGUUUGAGAGUAUUCCAUGUCAAUGACGUGUACACUUUGGAGAACUUUCCGCUUCUGCGUAGUUGCAUCGAUGCGCUGAGCGAUGGGAUAGAUGCAGCCAACGUUCUUGUGACGCUGGGCGGGGAUUUUCUAGCACCGUCGCUUCUCUCCUCGGUGGAUCACGGUCGAGGAGUUGUGGCGGUCAUGAACUCGCUUCCGGUGCACGCCGUCUGCUUCGGAAACCAUGAGUGUGAUAUCCCGUUCCUCAGUAUGUGCCAACGAGUGCAAGAGUUCAAGGGGGUUUGGUUGAACUCCAACAUCCCGACAUUCUCAGAGGAGCCAGGACUUGGCUCUUUGGUAGACAAUCACGUGAUCAAGCUGGCAGGAGGCAGGUCUGUCGCAUUGCUCGGCCUGCUGUGUGGCGGCGGUAAGGACGCCAGUCUGUACAGAAAAGGUGCUUUCAACGGCCACGCGGCCAAGAUUGUACCUGUGCUAGAAGCUGUGGAUGAUGCGGUUACGCGUGUGCGCAGAGUACACCCACAUGUUGAUUGCAUCAUUCCUCUGACGCAUCAAGAGCUGCGCGAUGAUGUCGAAAUGGCAAAUCGCGGACACAACUUUCCCGUGAUCCUGGGUGGGCAUGAUCACCAUGUUGUCAAUGAGCUACACAACAAUACACACAUCGUUAAGGCGGGAUCUGACUUGUUCAACGUCGCGGUAGUUGACCUCGUCUGGGCGGAAGGGACACCGGCAAGAUCUGCUCCGACCAGCGUGAGCAUCCAGCUAGUUCCUUUGGCGACGCCGCCAAAGUACAAAGGCCCUCCUUUGGAAUUGGUUUACAAGGCUGAUCCAGCAGUGUUGGAGGAGGUGCAGAAGAGGCAAAGACCUGCGGAAGAGCUGAAGGAGGCAACUUUAGCCGUUUAUCCAGCAGAUGGCUCUCUUACGUCUGUUGGCGUGCGCCUCGGAGAACGCAGCAUGGCCACGUUAAUCUGCACAGCUUUACGGGAUGUUGCUGGGGGAGAUGGUGCUCUGAUCAAUGCGGGCAGUAUUCGCGGAAACAAAACAUACUCUGAUGGCAAAGUCCGAUUUGCCGACUUGAACGCCGAGUGUCCAUACCCGUCCUCACAGAUUGUUGUGAACAUUCCUGGGGCCAUCCUCUUCGAAGCUAUAGCAGAAAGCCGUGCCCCGUGGCGUGGUGUCGUCUCGGCAACACAACGUGUGGACUCUGAACCAGGCACUUCACGAGAUGCCCUUCAUUGUGAUGACAACAUGAAGGUUGAUCCAAAUACCUCAAUGGUUUUCCAGGUGGCCGGACAACCCUUUGACCCGGAUCGGGUAUAUCACAUUGUGAUUGAUUCCUUCAUCAUGCGCACAAAUGUUGUCUUCAAGCGAUUUGCGGAAGCGCACCCUGAUGCAAUUCCUUCCGAUGAGUCCGGACAGCCGGCUUUGCCAAUGUUAGUACGGUAUUUUUGCAACCGAAUCUGGGCAAACCUCUGUGACGUGAAUGGUGAUGGCACUGUGGAGAUGCAUGAGGUUGAUGAGUUUUUUGAUGAGGCAGACACGGACGGGAACGGAGAGAUCGACCUCGAUGAGCUUAUGGUAGCAAUGUCUUUCCGGCUUGGUGAUUUGGAUGUGAGCAGAAUACUUGCCGAGCAGUGCAUAAGCUUUGCAGAUGCCGACAAGAAUGGCACCAUUAGCAAGUCGGAACUACGAGCAUUCAUAGAAUCAGAGAUUAUCAAGAAAUGA